AUGAGAGGGAUUUUCAAUAAAAUGUAUUCUUUAACAAAUCUUCAUUUUGAAAAUAAUCAAACAGUGAAUUAUAGACAAUUACUUAUUGAAGAAUUACCUUCUGUAGAACUUGGACUUAAUGUCUCUAUUGAUGGUUUAUCAGUACAACCAGAAGAAAGGUAUCAGGCAAUUGAUAAAGUCUCAAGAUUGGGAAGGUCACAUUUUGAAAUAGAAAAAAAUGAGGAAGAAUUUACUGAGAAAAUAAUGGCUAUUUCUAAGAACCAAAAGGAGGCUUUAGUUAUAGAAAAGAAGGAUGAUGUUGCUCUUAUUACUUCAGAAGCAAAAAGAGAAAUGAGACUUUCUGGGAAUGCUUUAAUUUCUAUUGGAAAUGGAAAUAUUGAAUGUCAUGUUAAAUUUGGUGAAGAAGAUGCAGACUUUAUGAUACAAGAAAUAUAUAAAUUAAUGGAAAGACUUCAAAACAAACACCUUCAACAAGAAGGAAAGUCUGAAUCAACAACAGAAGAAUCUACUGAACAAAAACACAUUACAACUAUUGUUACAGAAAAACACAUAGAAAAAGAGCCAAACCAAACAACUCCACAAUUACAAAUUCCUUCAACUAAUAAAGAUGAAUUUAUUGAAGUUAGACCAAUUUUCAACGGAAUAGAUAUUACUACAAGUGAUAGUUCUGAUAAAGCAUCGUCUUCAAUGCAUUUUGAAGGUAUUUCUGAUGCUCAACCAAAGAAACAACAAUCACCAAUUAUAAAUACACAACUAAAUGUUAGUGAUAACCAAGAACAAAUUACUGGAGAAAGCACCAGUUCAGAUAGUGUUAAUGCCUCUUAUAUUUUAGAUCAGAAAUUUAAAUAA